AGUAUUAAUUUUUGGUUUAGUUUUUUAUCUAACCUCCCUAGCAAUGCUUCAAGAAUAGCAACCAUUGAAAAUCAAAACAGACAUCCAGUUUGCUUUCUGCACAAAACCUUUCUUGCUCUCUGGUAACUUGUUUUUGGUCGGCAGGCAGCUUUUAGUCAGUUCUUCAAACUAAAAGUACAAAAUUUAUGAGUGAAAAAUUGAAUUCUGUAGAUAACCCGAUUUAUACGAGAUAGGCAAGGUUAGAGUUUGAGUUGGAUGACCUAAUGGAGAAAUUUUCUUUCUUGAGAAGAGGAUGAUGGAAGUGGUGAAUUGCUGGAAUACAAGGUUGGUGAAAUGUGGUAUCAUCUGUCUGCUCCUGUUUGUUCAAUCUGCCUUUGCACAAGAAGGAUUUCUAAGCAUACAGUGUUGUGCUCCUGCAAACUUUACUGAGCCAAGUACCAACUUAAGUUGGAUUUCAGAUGAAACUUGGUUCCCUGAAAACCAAAGUUGCAUUAUAAGGCCAGUGCACAAGAAUACACCCUAUGAACGAGCUCGAUUUUUUAGCUCAGAUAUUGGUCAUAAAUGGUGUUACAACUUGCCAACCAGGAUUGAUCAAGACUAUCUAGUAAGAGGUACAUUUCUUUCUGGCAAUCAAGUGAAGGCUCUCCCACACAGUUCUUUUGUUGUUUUGAUUGGUGUCACACCAUUAGCCACAGUGAAGUCAUCAUCUGAUGAACUUAGGGUUGAGGGAAUUUUUCGAGCUACUAAAAACUAUACCAACUUCUGCCAAUUGAACAAGAAAGGAAAAUCUUACAUUUCUAAGAUUGAACUCAGACCAAUAAAUCCAGAUUAUCUGAAGAGGGAGCCUUCAGAAGUACUCAAACUUGUACAUAGAGUAGAUUCUGGAAACAAGGGUGCCGAAAUCAGGUACCCAUAUGACCAGUAUGAUAGAAUUUGGAGACCAGCGUCAAAUCUAGAUUCAGAAGUUACUCGCAUCCAGCCAUCCAUUGUUAAGCAGGCCAAUGCAGAAACACACCGUUUAUUACCUCCUUCGUUGGUGUUACAAACAGCCCUGACACAUCCGGAGAGGUUGGAAUUCCUGCAUGAAGACCUUGACACUGAAUACCAUGCCUACUAUCUCGUCCUGUACUUUUUUGAGCCCAAUGACUCAGUUCAAGCUGGAGAAAGGGUGUUUCAUGUAUACAUCAACAAUGAAAAGAGACUCAAGGUUGAUAUACUGGCUAGUGGUUCCAGAUACCUGGAUGUAGUUCUGAAGUUCAGAGCAAACAGGGCGGUUAAUCUGACUAUGAUCAAGGCCUCAAAUUUAUUGCAACUGGGACCAAUUUGUAAUGCUUAUGAGAUUUUAAAGACUAUGCCUCGAGUUAAAGAAACAGCCAUGGAAGAAGUUGACAUAAUGGUGAAUGUGAAGAUGGAAUUAUUGCAACACAAUCAAAACAAUGAAAUAUUAAAAAGUUGGUUAGGAGACCCUUGUCUUCCUCUUCCAUGGCACGGUCUAACUUGUGAUCGAGUUAAUGGUACUUCAGUCAUCAGUCAGAUGAAUCUCUCCAUGGGUAGCUUUAGUGGACCAAGUCCUCGGAGCAUCCAAAAACUGAUGCACCUAAGAAAACUGGAUAUCAGCAAUGAUGGCUCCAGUGACACAAUCAAACUCUUUCCAUCAUCCUCCACAUUUUCUGCAAGAAACUCCGGCAGGAGACGUCACCUCAGCAACAAGCUUUCUAAAAGCAUCAAGGAAUCUAAUAGCACCGCAGACAAGGGUAUGGCUAAUGGUAAACAAAAUACAAGUUCAGCGCAUAAAUUUGUGAUAGGUGCAGCUGUAGGUGCAUCUCUCCUAGUGAUCCUCGCAAUUAUUAUCUCUAUGGUUUGCCUCUACAAAAGACGAGUAAUGGCAGGGCCAAAAUUUAGUAUGAGAAGUUACUCAGUGACAAGGAAUGCAGUCUAUUCAGUACCAAGCACAAAUACCACCUUGAAGUCAAUAUCUAUCAGGAAUUUCACAUUGGAAUACAUAGAAGCUGUUACACAGAACUACAAAACUUUGAUAGGUGAAGGUGGCUUUGGAUCUGUUUACCGUGGUACCUUGACCGAUGGUGAAGAAGUGGCUGUAAAGGUCCGGUCAGCCACUUCAACUCAGGGAACUCGAGAAUUCAAUAAUGAGCUGACCCUUCUCUCAGCUAUUACGCAUGAGAACCUGGUCCCUCUUCUUGGCUACUGCUGCGAGAAUGACCAACAAAUUCUGGUUUAUCCCUUUAUGUCAAAUGGCUCCCUACAAGAUCGGUUAUAUGGAGCAGCAGCAAAAAGGAAGACUCUAGACUGGCCAGCCAGACUUUCCAUUGCUUUAGGUGCAGCAAGAGGUUUGUUGUAUCUUCACACUUUCUCGGAGCGUUGUCUGAUCCAUAGGGAUGUUAAAUCAAGUAACAUACUCCUGGAUCAAAGCAUGUGUGCCAAGGUUGCUGAUUUUGGAUUUUCAAAAUAUGCAUCUCAAGAAGGGGAUAGUGGUACUUCCUUAGAAGUAAGGGGAACAGCUGGGUACUUGGACCCAGAGUACUACUCAACCCAACAUCUAUCAGCAAAAAGUGAUGUCUUCAGCUUUGGAGUUGUCCUACUUGAAAUCCUAACAGGUCGAGAGCCUCUCAACAUAAACAGGCCAAGAAAUGAGUGGAGCUUGGUUGAAUGGGCAAAACCUCUAAUAAGAAACUCAAGAGUUGAAGAAAUUGUGGAUCCAACACUCAAGGGAGGGUAUCAUGGUGAGGCACUGUGGAGAGUGGUAGAGGUGGCCUUGGCAUGCACAGAGACAUACUCCACUUACCGACCAUGUAUGGCGGACAUCAUAAGAGAGCUUGAGGAUGCAUUGAUAAUAGAAAACAAUGCAUCAGAAUACUUGAAGUCCCUGGACAGCUUUGGAGGAUCAAAUCGUUUCUCUAUAGAAAGGUCCAUUGUCCUACCACCUAUUAAAUCUCAAAUAGAAUCAUCAAGUCUCCUCUCAAACCCAGCUCCUCCACAACCAAGAUAAUUAUUCUAGUGGAUUGGAUAAACUGACUGCAAUAGGUAACAUAUUUCUCUGAAAAGUUCCUAGAGAAAUUUUUGCAAAUUACUCCUCAAAUUCCAUUAACUUAAAAUGUCAUUAUUUGUACAUUUGGCAGAAGAUUUUAUAAUGUAAUAGAUCUUCCUAAUAAAUGCCCUUUAGUUGGAAUUGUCAA